UGCCAACUGUCAAAAGUAACAAUAACAAAUCAAAAUCAUUUUUAAGGUUAAGUAAAACUUUAUACUAAAAAUAAUAUUAAUAAUGCCACCCAAAAAGCAGCCCGAAAAAGCAGGCAAGGGAGGGAAAUCUGGAGGUGAUGCAAAAGAAUCUGGCGCGAAAGAGAAAAAAGGUGGGACAGCUGUCAAAGUCAGACACAUAUUGUGUGAGAAACAGUCAAAAUGUUUGGAAGCUUUAGAAAAACUUAAAGCGGGACAGAAGUUUCCUGAGGUAGCAGCAGCAUAUAGCGAGGACAAAGCUCGGUCGGGCGGCGACCUCGGCUGGCAAACGCGCGGCGCCAUGGUGGGCCCUUUCCAGGAUGCUGCCUUCGCCUUGCCCGUCUCCACCGUCGCUAAUCCCGUCUACACUGACCCUCCCAUUAAAACUAAAUUUGGGUACCACAUAAUUAUGGUAGAAGGAAAAAAAUGAGUGACAUGAUUUUGGGAUUCGAGUACUUUUGGGCGAUGCUUUUAUUGUUAAUUAUGGAAAGGAUAUGCUGCUUGCAGGAACAAUUUGACGAGGACUAUAUCGUACUCCCCGAGGCCCCUAGAUCUGAUGAAGUCCCGGACGAUUCAAUCAACUUAGAAGAGUUUUCAGAUACAUAUUCUCUGAAGCCGAGUUUUCUGCGGCUGUGCCGGCACUCGCAAGUCACCAUGCUUCUGACACUCUUCCACUUCUGCAACUUUUGUUUCUGGUUCGUAAUGACAAAGAAAACUUCGCCCAUUACCAUAUCCCUCACUUUAUCACUUUUGGAUUUAAAACAUGUUAUUCCAUCAUGAAUCAUGAAUGGUAUUAAUAAAUAUUAUGCAAGCAUCUGAAA